AAUCAGUAUUGUAACUCAUAACUCGCUCAGAAAGUCAUUGCUCUAACUGUAUCCACACACAGAGAGACACUUCCUCAAGGUUUGUUUUGGCAAUGGCGAGUGGUGGUGGUGUUGAGGAAGUGACCAAUAAGCAAGUGCUCUUUAAGGAGUAUGUGUCAGGUUUGCCUAAAGAAUCAAACAUGCACGUGAGCACUUCUGGGACCAUAAAAUUGAAGGUUCCUGAAGGCUCUAAUGCUAUUCUGGUUAAAAAUCUGUACUUGUCUUGCGAUCCUUACAUGCGUCCUCGUAUGGAUCAGCCCACUCCUGGGAGUCAGUCCUACGUCGAUUCAUUCAAACCUGGUUCGCCCAUUGUUGGAUAUGGAGUAGCUAAAGUUUUGGAUUCUGGGCAUCCAGACUUCAAGAAAGGCGACUUGAUUUGGGCAAUGACUGGAUGGGAAGAAUAUAGUCUCAUUACAAAAACACAGGGUCUGUUUAAAAUUCAUCACACUGAUGUGCCUCUCUCCUACUAUACUGGACUUUUGGGUAUGGCCGGUACGACUGCUUAUAUUGGUUUUUAUGAGAUUUGCUCUCCUAAGAAAGGAGAGCAUGUCUUCAUUUCAGCAGCUUCAGGGGCAGUAGGUCAACUUGUAGGACAAUUUGCCAAGCUAUCUGGCUGCCAUGUCGUUGGAAGUGCUGGAAGCAAAGAAAAGGUCGAUUUGCUGAAGAACAAGUUUGGUUUCGAUGAUGCUUUCAACUACAAAGAAGAACCUGACUUAGCUGCAGCUUUAAAAAGGCAGCCCAUUUACCGGAAACAGGGGAUUACUCAAAUCUAUACUUUCCAGAAGGUAUUGAUAUUUAUUUUGACAAUGUUGGGGGAAAGAUGCUUGAUGCUGUGCUACUCAACAUGAGGGCCCAUGGCCGCAUUGCUGAAUGUGGAAUGAUCUCACAGUACAACCUUGAGAAGCCUGAAGGUGUGCACAAUUUAAUGAGUGUGGUUUGGAAACAGAUCCGGAUUGAAGGAUUCCUUGUUUUUGAAUACUACCACCUCUAUCCAAAGUUUCUGGAGUUUGUUCUGCCUCACAUCAAAGAGGGGAAGAUUACUUAUGUGGAAGACAUAGCUGAAGGCCUCGAGAGUGCCCCAGCAGCACUGAUAGGACUCUUCACUGGCCGCAAUGUUGGAAAACAGGUAGUGGUAGUUGCUCGUGAAUGAAUGACUUUGUAGACAACUUCAGGGUCCAAAAACUCUUAGGUCCAGGAGGAUUAUAUACUGCAAAUGUAUUUUCUUUUGGGUAUUGAUUUUUGUUGGUAACAAUAAAGUUUUAUAUCCUUAAUAAAGUGUUUUGUUGUUGAAGUCGAGUAAAUUCUUACCUAGAACCUGUCUUGAAUCUUUUUACUCAAAUUCAUUUGAGUUGGAAGUACUAAUUUGUUAUAUCACCUUCA